CCACAAACGCGCCGUCGAAAGGAAGCGCAACCCUCAGAAACCACCGCGACACUUCUCUCGAAAGCCCUCCCAUACGCAGAGUUCACCUGAUUGCCCCUAUCCGCCAUUAUGCAGCUCAAACUCGUCACUUUGACCCUGGCCGCGGCUGCCUCCAUGGUCAACGCGUACGCCAUCACUGGCAGCGAAGUCAACUGCCGUACCGGCCCCUCGACGAAUGAUAAGGUUGUCAGGUCUUACAACAAGGGGGACGAUGUCAAGCUCUCUUGCCAGAUCUAUGGUGAAGAUGUUAAGGGCAACUCCAUCUGGGACAAGACAACUGACGGCUGCUACGUCUCCGACUACUACGUCAAGACGGGCUCAAACAGCAUGAUCACCCGUAAGGAGAUCAUCUCCCGCGGUGAGUACUGGGUCUCACGCCACGUCCCAUACUCUAUGAACAAGGUGUACCCGGACCCUCAAGGCCGCAAAUACCGCACCGACUGCUCGGGCUUCGUCAGCAUGGCCCUGCAUGCCAAUUCGCCAGGCUACAGCACUGUCAGCCUCCCGGAGAUUGCCAAGGCUAUCUCAUGGAACGAUCUCAAGCCUGGUGACCUUGUUGGUACCCUUGGUCCUGGCACUGGCGGUGCCGCCGGCCACGUCACUCUGUUCCUUUCGUGGGCCGACAGCUCGAAGAAGGAGUACAAUACCCUUGAAUGCCGCGGCACCUACGGCUGCGUCAAGUAUAAGCGCCCUGUUGGUUGGAAGGAUGGCAGCUUCACCGCCAAGCCCUACAGGUACAUCCGUGUUGUGGACUAAGCGAGAGGAUACGACUUUGCGAUUGAACAGGGAGGGGAUAGAUUCUUGGAUACCUGUAUGAUACUGGAGGAAAGCAAGGGGAUGGGGAAGGAGGCGCGGUCAUGAGGCGAAUAUUGCUCAGUCGACCAGAGAAAGCUCUUGCUCUGUCUUUUGCGGGAAGGAGGCCUCUUAUUAUUUAUCUUUCAGUGUUGUAUUUAAGAGUGAGCCAGCUAUAGAGGCGAUGGCCCUAGAAUUAGCUUUCUGAGAUUUCAAGACCUAAAUUGCAAACCACAUUCGUUUCUGUCU